UCUCUGAGCUCGCGCUGAUCUUCAGUCAGUCAGUUAGUACUGCGCGCGCUCGCUCACUGUCCGCGUUUCCUCAGCUGCAGAGUGAUCACUUUCUUAUUUAUAAAGAGGAAAAGCAGCAAGACUUCUGUCAUCAUUCAUUGGAGUAUACAUUAACCUCUCCAAAGCGACAUGUGGAUUUACAAAAUUUUGCUCUGUGUGGCCGUUUUGGUUUACUCAGAAACUAAGAGGCAUGCCCUGCAAGACUACCAGAAGACCGAUGGCGUGCGUCUGGUGACGCCACCCGAUUUGUCCUACAUGUCCAAAGGCCGCAAGAUGAGCGUGGGAAAAUGUGCACGUCGUUGCACUCGCAACAGGAAGCUCCAAUUCACCUGCAGAGCAUUCAUCUUUGAUCAGAAAAGUACAAAGUGUCAUUUGCUGUCGUACGACAGCCUCACUGUUGGCGUCCGGAUAGAGAAUGACUUCAACUUUGACCUCUAUGAGAAAAAAGACUUUAUGAAAGAGUGUAUUAUUGGCAAUGGAUUGAACUACAAAGGGAAGCGAUCGGUGACGAAGUAUGGAGUCCAGUGUCAACUCUGGAAUUCAAAAACGCCCCAUGAACACAAUUUCUUACCCAAGAGGCACAAGCACAGAGAUCUGAGUGAGAACUUAUGUCGUAACCCAGACAAUACUACAACAGGGCCCUGGUGCUUUACAACAGACCCCAGAAUACGCCACCAGGACUGCAGCAUCCCACAAUGCUCGGAGGUGGAAUGUACAACAUGUAAUGGAGAAAGCUAUCGUGGACCCAUGGACCACACGGAGAGCGGACGGGAAUGCCAACGCUGGGACCUUGAGGAACCGCACAAACACCUUUUCCACCCCAAAAGGUACCCGGAUAAAGGUUUGAAGGACAACUACUGUAGGAACCCAGACGGGCGCCAGAGACCCUGGUGUUUCACCACUGACCCCAAAACACCAUGGGAGUACUGUAACAUCAAACAGUGUGACCAAGACAACAGCAGCAACAUUGACAACACGACAACCUGCUUCUUUGGACGUGGGGAGGGUUAUCGGGGGACAGUGGGUAUCACUCCCGACGGAGUAACCUGCCAAAGAUGGGAUGCCCAGUUUCCCCAUCGACACUCAUACACUCCUGAAAACUACAGCUGCAAGGAUCUCAGGGAGAACUACUGUAGAAAUCCUGAUGGUCGUCAGUUUCCAUGGUGCUUCACUACUGACCCCAAUGUACCUGUUGCAUUCUGCACCAACAUCCCUCGCUGUGAAGUCACAGCCUCUGAAUCUGAAGAGUGCUACACAGGCAUCGGUGAAACAUACAAUGGCAAACAGGCAAAAACUCGGUCUGGCAUCCCCUGUACUCCAUGGAAAGACCACAGUGAAAAUAAAGAAAGAAAUGUGGACUUUAUGACGGCCGAACAGGGGAAGAACUUCUGCAGGAACCCAGACAAGGACAAGCAUGGCCUGUGGUGUUUUACCAACAGUUCAUCCAUCCCUUGGGACUACUGCUCCCUUAAACCCUGUCAAGCUUCACAAAACAAUCUGCCACCAAAAGAUGAAGCUUCAAAGAGCUCAUGUUUUGUACACAAGCAGGUGAGAAUCGUGGGUGGAGGUCCGGUUCCCAUUAAAGAAGGUACUUGGAUGGUCAGCAUACAGAGAGGGAGCACUCACUGGUGCGGAGGUUCUCUGGUCAGGGAGGAGUGGGUGCUGACAGACAGACAUUGCUUCUCGUCAUGUGUGCCUGACCUAUCCGAGUACAGAAUUUGGCUCGGUGUUACCCAUUUGAACGAAUCCGCCGAGAAUGACUUUCACAGACAGGAGAGAAGAAUUUCGCAUGUCAUAUGUGGACCGGAAGGCUCCAACCUCGCUUUGCUCCGAUUGACAAAGCCAGCCCUCCCGAGGGAACGUGUCCGGGUUAUUCAGCUGCCCGUGGCUGACUGCAGCAUUCAGGAGAACACCAUAUGCUCUGUGUAUGGCUGGGGUGAGACCAAAGGUACAGGACAUGAGGGUACGCUCAAAAGUGUUCAUCUACCAGUAGUUAGCAACGAACGAUGCCAACAGCUUCACAGAGGAAGUCUUCAGAUCACCAGCUCUAAACUGUGUGCUGGUGGUCGGAGAGAUGAAGGAGUGUGUGAGAAGGACUACGGCGGCCCGCUCGUAUGUCAGGAGAGUCACAGUAAGGUCAUUGUGGGUGUGAGCAUAAACGGCAGAGGAUGCGCCCGACACAACCGACCCGCCAUCUUCGUAAACGUGGCCUUUUAUACCGGAUGGAUUCAUAAAGUUUUCAAACAUUACCCCAACUCGGAACUAAACUACUGAUGCGAACCUUUUCAAAAGCACAACGCCAGGAUCAGAAACAAAUCCGAUGCUAUACAAGAUCUCUGAACGAAAAAUAUCCGAACAGCUUUCGUCGAAAAAAAGUCUUGAAAACUUUCCCAGCUUGGCUGUGAGACACGUAUUAACUUGAAAACUAGAACUGUGGCUGAAACUGUUUGCAAUUUGUGCACCUAAUAAUGCCAGAACCGCAGAGCGUGGCGCCUGGGAACAGAUUCUCCAAAGACUAAAUUAGCAACCGGCCAUACGGAAAGAUAGAGACUACCGGACCGAAUCGAGAACAAGCAGCCAGAAUUUGUUUCGAGAAUCAAUAGUAACUCCUGGCCACCAACCAAAAACCUCAAGUCCUCGAAGAGAACUUCAGUGUACCGCGAAGCAUUCGUAUGUACAUUUAAUCCACACGUUACCUUUCCAGCUAAAGGUCUGGGAUCUUGGAAACAGGGAUUCAGACCAGGACUUGAUAUAUGGAUACAAACCCCGAGAUCUCCCCCGAAUCCCAGCAGGAAUCGACUCUUUCCUCCUUUAAAAAAUCACUCACUUGAUCUAUCUUCAAUACAUUUCGGACGCUCCUCGUAUAGCAAGAGGACUGUUAUGAUUAUAAGUACAUGUUGAUAUAAAAAUCUCAUUCAAAAAGCCCCUCUAUAAAGUAUUAGCUGUUAGCAUAGACUAAAUGUUAAGUAUCUUUUAGAUAAAAGUAUACAGCGUAGGCUUUUUGCUUUAAUGCUCCUGAUAAUACUUGAAAACACACAUGAUAGAUCACUGUGUCGCUCAGUAACACCUCCUUACGUCGCCUUUAUGCGUUUACAUAGUCAUAGGUGUUCCAUCAAUUUCCACUGUUGAUAUUUCGUCCACGAGGCUGAAUAGAGAUGCAUAACCUGAAGCAUGUAAUGACAUACAGUAAAAAUCAUAGUUGUCAUAACAUAUCAGCAUCUGAGGUUCCCAUACUCCAUGUUUGGUUUAAAGUGGAAUUCAUAGGAGGUUUCUGCAAUGUGUGUUGUAAAUACUGUGGUCAUGGGAGUGCAGUACUCACUCCCAGUUCUUCUGUAGGUCUCAUAGACCUUUAUAAGAUGUUAUGGCGUGGUGGCCUCCAUCCAUUGGGUGGUUUUAUAUAUAUAUAUUUGUAAAUAUAUCUGUAUUAAUAACAAAUGCACAUUUUGUCAGUGUUACGAUAAACGAAAGCGGGAAAAAAAGAUACCAAAAAGUUAGGAUUGACCUAAAUUGUGCUUUUGCGAAUGAGUAAUUGUGUUAUAUAUUUGUGCAUGUAUUCGGGCGUGUGUGUGUGCACUGCUGCAAGCUCAAAUGCAUUUUGCAGCCGUGCUAACCUCUGCAGGACAGAGCAAACCGAUACGCAUGUACCGAGUAUGUUGUUGCCAACAUCGGACAAGGAAAUUUACAGAUUAAUUCCUCUGUUUUUCCAAUCAGAGCAGUUGCACGAUAAAUCCACGAGAUUUUCUCUCUUGUGUGGUCUUGGAUCGCUCCAAACACGAGCUGCUUACUCUUUCACUUUGGCCCCUCUCCAAAAACAAUCAGAUUGGGAAAUUACCUCCAAAUAUCUUGUUGGCUUAAACAAAUAGCUCUCUGAGUGAUGGCUUGUAAGUGUUUGUAUUCCAGCCACUCCCAAUGCUAAUUAUCUUGGUUAAAAUGAAGGAUGAGUUUCAUUUGUACAGUAAGAGUCCUGAGGCACAAAUCCUUAUGUAAGGACAUCGUUGAACACUUUGAGAUUAGUGUUACUAAAGCAAUAACAUGGUAAAAGCCCUUCAGUGUUACCUUAUUUGGCUUUGCUAUUUAUUCGAUAAAACUGUUUUUUUUUACUUUUGUCUUGUUUGCUUUGAAACAAUUUUUUUUAGGAAACUAGUUGGAAUAUUAAAGGGAUAGUUCCUUUACAGAUCUGUAUACCUUUCUCGGUAGCACUUUAUUUUACAGUAUGUGUACUUACCUUGUACAUAUAUAGUAAAUAUGUUGUUACAGACAAAUGUGUUGUACUUACUUUUGAGCAUCUUAAUGGUAAUUAAACUGUAUCAUUACUGUACUUACCAGUGGUACAUUCUUGGUAGUUAUUAUUUAACUCUAGAUAAGUACUGGAAAAUACCAGAUAACUAAUAACAAACAUUACUGAUGUGCCAAUUUUGUACUCAAUAUCUUUGUCCUUUAAACCCAAACAUUAAAUACCGUACGCAUUACCUACUGGGUACAUUCGCUAGUAAGUGCAUGGAAACAGGACUGUAAAUAAAGUGUUAACCAUAAGAUGCAUUGUUGUCUGUAACUUAUAUUGUACAUUUAUUUGUAAGUACAGUACUGUUUCUAGUUAGUUACAGUAUACCUACACUAUAAGUAUUUAUCUGGUAUUACCCAGUACUUAUCUAGAGUUACAUAAUAACUACCAAGUAUGUACCACUGGUAAGUACCUCAAAAGU